AAAGUGCUGGGCACUUCUUUGAAGCGCAAACGGAUACAAGUAAGGAGGAGGGAUCUGGUGGGGCUCGUCUCCUGUUUCCCAAGUAAUCCAAGUCUUAGUUGUCACCGUGACGUCCAACGAGGCUCAGUUCAUCAGUAUUUAUUGCUUAUCUAAAAACAUUAAUAUUAAUUAAAUAAUUCAUCAAUUCGAGUCGUAAAUAAAUGUAGUAGUGAAGAGGAGCAAGAGGAGUCAGUGAAUUUGAAGUAAUAGUUUUUGAAGGAUAUUUCAGAUCUCAAGGAGAGCAGUCAAAUUUUUUGGAAAUAACUUUAAGACAGCGCUGAUUUUCUUAUACUAAAAGAUGCAAUUAAAUUGAAGUGGCACCGGAUAUUUCAAAGAAUGCCGGAGGAGAUGCGCGCGCAUCCCGGCGCCGGUUUGAAUGGCUUUUCUCAGGUGCAACAGGACGAUGAGGCGCCGGCGGGUCAGUGCAAUGGUAGGACUCGGCCCGUCAGCUUCUACGAUAAUUACAAGGACGUGUCAGCAAUGCCGCCGUGCGUAACAUCCGCCGCGAGUGUAGGUAACUUGAAUCAGGUGCGAGAGAACGGGGCCACUACCACGAUAACACUGGUUGCAAGUGCAACGAGUGUUGGUAAUGUGUCGAAGAUUCAGGGGAAUAAUCGAGCAACAGGUCACAUUGCUUGGAUGGAACCUGACAAUACAAGAGACAAUAAGGAUCUCGACAAAGCGCCGACGAUGACCAAUUGUUUGUCGACGACCGUUCCCGUCAACUUGGCCGCGUCACAAAUUGCCGGCAGACAUACACCGACAAGAAGUUCGCUAAGGCACAGUCGCAUGAUCGUUAUGCAUCGGAAUGGAAAUGCAGUAAGGAAGUCAAGACCACCUCUCCUCAGGCAUAGAAAAUUAGCUAGAACCCUGGCAGCAGUGCAGACUAUUUUGGGUAUUGCUGUGACCUCCUUAGCCCUCUGGUUACUUCUAUGGUCACCAAACCUACCUCUAAGCGACAACCCACAUUGGAGUGGAAUGCCAUUAUUACUCUCAGGGGGCUUUGGAAUAUGCCUCCUCUGCUGUUUCAAGAAAGAAUACCCUGGAAUGAGUCCAGGAUUCUGCCUCUCGGCAACCAAGACUAUUAGUGUUUUCUUAUCAAUAUUAGCGACAUUAGCCUGUUUACUUGCCUGUAGUGCUGCAAUUAUUCACCUGGCAAAACUCAGUGGUCUUGAGUGCACCCCAGCACGAGUGAGAAAUGCCACGUGUGCCUGCCGACCAAAAAGUGAAAUUGCUAGUCCCGCAGAACCUGUUCUGAAAUACGUAGAUCUCAACUGUCCUGAGGUCGAAGGUAUUCUAACAAUUCUGUUAAUCCUAUCAGCCUGCUGCAAUGGACUGGGGACAAUCAUUGCUGGAUGGUAUUUGUACCUUCACUGGAGCACCCGAGAUAAGAGGCCAAAGUACAUUAAAGUGAGAACAAGUAAUCCAAGUGUUCUUGACUCUAGACCAAUUUACAAUCCAAACUUACACAAUCGAUGACACGAUCCACUCAAGGAUUAAUUUAAUGACUAUGUGAGCUCAGUAUUUUAGAUAUUAAAGGUAUAAAUGCGCUCAGGGUGAUUUGUAAAUUGAUGGGUGAAGCCGAUUGAGUUUGUUAGAUGCAUUGAUUUUUAAAUGAUUCCUGUAAUGAAUGAUUCAAGUUGAAAUGUCGAGAGACCUUUAUCCGCGAUUAGUGAGAGCAGUAAAAAAAAUUCUUAUUAAAAUACUGAGAAUUCAAAAUAUUCUCAGUAUAAAUUGACCAGAAAUUGGCAAUAAAUUUUUCUUCCUAUUUAUUCAUAGAGUCCUAAGAAAGAUGAAUGGAUAUAAAAUGGCGAUCGUAAAAGCGAUGUUGCUCCCUUUCGAGGCCAUUUUGUGAGCUAACAUUUUUUGCAUUCAAUACUUGUUACUUUCUGCAUAGAUCCUUAAUUUCUCUGAUAAGGAAUCAUUGGUUUAAUAUUAAGUAAAUAAUUUUUGUCUUGUAAUUUCUUUUUAUAUUAAAUUUGACGAUCACAUCAUUCAAUCAAUUAAAAUAUGAAUCUCUAACAUUCAUUGUUUUACAUUUUUAUCAAGCUAAAAUUCAAUGUAAUACUUGUGACGUAUUUAGAUCCCUCAGCCAAUCACAGAUAACCUUUUUCGAUAAAAAAACAUUCUUUGGCGUUCUCAUAGAACUUCAAUUGAGCUCUGUAUGGAAUCUAUACAGAAUUUAAAUAUGUGAAAAACACUACUCUCCAGGCAAGAAAAAUAAUUGCAUUGUAAAAAUAUACAUAUAUGUAUAUAAUAUACUAUAGAAAACUUCUAAUAAAAUAAGUGGUAAUAAAUUCACUUAUGAGGUAUAAGAAUUACGUUAACG